UUUCUAACCGGAAAGGGGCGGGGACAGUUGUAACGUUAGCAACCACGCCGAGCGACGGGCGACGGUUCUCGUUAACGUGAAGGAUUUUUUCUCUCCUCCUCACAGAAAUGUGUCCGAACACACACUGAAUCCGAGUCUCUUGCAGACGCCGAGUCCGAUUCGGGUCCACCGGAGAAGCCUUUUUCUUGUCCUACUGUAGCGCGGACCUGUGGGUGAGCGAUGCCACUGGUGUCCAGCUGUGACUGCCCCCACCUGGACUGUGUGGGGGAAAUCACCAAGGAGGAACUCAUCCAGAAAUCCCAUGGCCAGUGCCAAGACUGUAAAGUUGGAGGACCAAAUUUGUGGGCGUGUUUGGAGAACGGCUGCGCAUAUGUUGGAUGUGGAGAAUCUCACACCGACCACAGCACUGUCCACUCGCAGGAGACGCGGCACAACCUGACGGUGAACCUGACCACGCUUCGAGUGUGGUGCUACGCCUGCGGCAAGGAGGUUUUCCUGGAGCGCAAACUCGGCCCGCACUCGCCCCAUGCCAACAGCAAGCCCCUCCCCUCGCCGCAGAGCGCCGGGCAGGAUGGCAGCAGGGCCCCCGGGAGCCCCACCUCUCUGAGAGUGCCCCCUAAUGGAGGCAGUGAAGACCUGGACAUGGAGACCGAGGAAGAGGACGACGUGCGGGCCAGAGGCCUGACCGGGCUGAAGAACAUAGGCAACACCUGCUACAUGAACGCUGCCCUCCAGGCUCUGUCCAACUGCCCGCCGUUGACACAGUUCUUUCUUGAAUGCGGUGGCCUGGUGAGGACUGACAAGAAGCCUGCACUCUGCAAAAGCUACCAGAAGCUUGUUUCAGACCUGUGGCACAAGAACAGGCCCUCCUACGUCGUCCCAACCAACUUGUUCCAGGGGAUAAAAUCCAUAAACCCCAUGUUCAGAGGAUAUUCUCAGCAGGACUCCCAGGAGUUUUUGCGCUGCUUGAUGGAUCAACUCCACGAGGAGCUGAAGGAGUCGCUGCCCGAGCCUUACGACCAGUCCAGCGGCGUCACGGUGGACGACGGCCCCGAGGAGGACAACCGCAGUCAGUCGGACAACGACUUCCAGUCGUGCGAGUCCUGUGGCAGCAGCGAGCGAGCUGACAACGAGGCGCAGGUCGGGAACGUGCGCGUGGACGACACCAACGAGGCCGAGAUGCUGAUUCCCGAGCAGGACGAGAUACAGACCAACAGGGAGUGGCAGAAGGAGAAGAACAUGAUCAAUGAUCUUUAUCGUGCCGGAGUUCACGGUGUUAUGGGCGGGAGCUCCGGAGGGGACGUGGACAAAGACGUUGACACCACCACUGAGAACACACCCAUCAUCAGCAGCCAGGGGGCCAUCAAGGUUCAGGGCAGAACAUCAGAUUCGUUCCCCGAUAUCCAGAUGUCUAGCACCACAAGGCAGCAGAGCCCAGUCCCAAUGGAGGGACACAUUUCCAAAAUCUCCAGCAGCCCCCCCAAAGCUGCCUCCGGCUGGCCCAGCCUGAACCCUGCACACAAGAAAGCAGUGACCACAUUCUCCCCACCAAAGAACAAGCGUCAGAAGAAAUACCGCAGUGUCAUCUCGGAUGUGUUCGAUGGGACCAUUGUCAGCUCAGUUCAGUGCCUCACCUGCGAUCGAGUGUCCGUGACCCUGGAGAACUUCCAGGAUAUCUCGUUGCCCAUUCCAGGGAAGGAAGACCUGGCCAAGCUCCACUCCUCCACCCACCAGACCUCCAUGGUAAAAGCAGGCUCCUGCGGGGAAGCUUAUGCACCACAGGGCUGGAUCGCUUUCGUCAUGGAAUAUAUCAAGAGUUGGUUCUGGGGUCCGGUGGUCACGCUACAAGAUUGUCUUGCAGCUUUCUUUGCCAGAGAUGAACUCAAGGGAGACAACAUGUACAGCUGUGAAAAAUGCAAGAAAUUACGAAACGGAGUCAAGUUUUGUAAAAUGCAAAGUAUGCCAGAGAUCCUGUGUAUCCACUUGAAGCGCUUCAGACACGAGCUGAUGUUCUCCACCAAGAUAGGCACCCACGUCUCCUUCCCGCUCGAGGGCCUGGAUCUGCAGCCCUUCCUGGCCAAAGACAGUUCUGCACAGACCACCAACUACGACCUGCUGUCAGUCAUCUGUCACCACGGCACUGCCAGCAGUGGCCACUACAUAGCCUACUGCAGGAACGAUGCCAACAAUCUGUGGUAUGAAUUCGAUGACCAAAGUGUGACCGAGGUGUCAGAAUCCUGCGUCCAGAAUGCUGAAGCUUAUGUGCUCUUCUAUAAAAAGAGCAACGAGGAAGCGCUGAAGGAACGUAGGAGGGUGUCGGGUUUAUUCAGCAUGAUGGAGCCCAGCCUUCUGCAGUUCUACAUCUCCCGCCAGUGGCUUAACAAGUUCAAGACCUUCGCUGAGCCGGGGCCCAUUUCCAAUGACGACUUCCUGUGUUCGCAUGGAGGUGUGCCACCCAACAAAGCAACGUUCAUCGAUGACCUGGUGAUAAUGCUGCCACAGAACGUGUGGGAUCACCUUUAUAGCAGGUAUGGAGGGGGACCAGCCGUCAACCACCUGUACGUUUGCCACACGUGCCAGGUCGAGAUAGAAAAACUGGAGAAACGGCGGAAGUCGGAGCUGGACAUGUUCGUCCGGUUGAACAAGGCGUUCCAGGAGGAGGAGUCUCCGGUGGUCAUAUACUGCAUCAGCAUGCAGUGGUUCCGGGAGUGGGAGGGCUUUGUCAAAGGAAAAGACAACGAUCCCCCAGGAGCCAUUGAUAAUUCCAAGAUAACAGUAAACAAGAACGGCCAUUUAACACUCAAACAAGGAGCUGACUCGGGGCAGAUCUCCGAAGAGACGUGGAACUUCCUCCACUCCAUCUACGGAGGCGGUCCGCUGGUGACGGUGCGGCCAAACGUCACCCACCAGGAAGCCGAGUCGUCACAGUCCGAGGAAAAGAUCGAGAUGGAGACGCGCUCUGUUUAAACAAGCACUUGAGAUCAAAACCGUGGAAUAACAUUUGAGAAAUUAUAAUUUUUUAUUUUGCACUUGACUUUUAUUUCAAAAGCAUUCGAGCAAAGGACCUCAUCUUUUUACGGCAACACGAAAGCCUUUGACAGCUGACAGAUGGAAAAAUAACAUGUCUAAAAAGAAAGGUUUGUCAUUUUGUACAAAUAUGUAUAAAGAGCUCUUCAAUUUCUAUUUCACUGUAGUAUUCAUGUGUCAUGUUGUUUUCAGAACCAAGCAUUUAACGUAUGUGCAGCUAAAAAAAGAAUUUCCACUGAAUGCCAUAUUUCCUUCUUUUUCUUCUUUCCUUGACCAAAUGAGCACAUAUUGUUUGUCCAAGUGUCUUGUGUUGCUGAUAUCAAUGAAUCACAAUACUUUUCUUUUUUUGCUGUAGAUAUAUCACAUUUUUCCUGUUGUAAGAGAAUAAUGUUCAAUGAAUGGCAAUUAGAGCAAAGUGUGACACUUUGACAGUGAUGAAAAUCCUGAGGUUAUGAAGGGACUAAUUAUUGACUAGUCUCAGGUAUGAAUUUUGUGUUUUGCACUGCUCUGUAUACGUACAAAUUGGCAUGCACACGCAUACGUCUGGUUUGUAUUUGAAUGUACCAGUACUGAUAAACGACAGUGGGUUCGGUCAGGAUUCAGCACUUGGUUUAUUUAUCACAGAAGGGACUUAUUCAAUAUAAUAUUGAUAGAUAUUUUUUCCCGUAAUAUAAGAAUAAUAAUAAGUGGCAGGCAAAGUCUGUUAAGAAUGCAUGCUUUAACACCCAGUUUAACGUCACAUGUAAAAUGCAAGAAGCUGCUCAUGAAAUGUGCACGAUCUGGAUCUAUCUUCACUAAACUACAGCUGGAGGAAGCAUAUAGCAGUACAUCAUCAUCAUCAUCAUAAUCAAUCUCAGUCAUUAAAAGGCAUUAUUUCUCUUUGUGUAUGGGCAUGGCGUUGCUUCAUGUGCUGGCUGACAGGGUGCAAACAGAACGCUGUACUGUUAAAGUAUGUGCACAUGUCACUUGAGUAAAGAGAUCCACCCUGAUUUUUUUUUUUGCCUGCUGGCACUAUAUUAAAAAAACUUGAUGAAAACCUC